AUGAUACUGGUGGAUGGGCAUGAGCUAAGGAGGAACUCGAUUAUAGAGCUGUGUGUACUACCAGACAUGAUGGUGCACAGAAUUAUGGCAGGCAUAGGAAGGCAGGUGGCGAAUGCAGUGUUUGUAGACACUGUCGGAAACCUGAGGUUUGUGACAGAUGCUAUCUAUGUGUUGAGCUACAGAAAGCUUGUGAAGACUCUGCUGUCGUUGAGAUCCAGACAAGGAUUUGUGCUGUUUAUUGACUCAAUGACAUUUAUUGCAGACAAGCAAGUGUCUGAUGCACAAAAGAUAUACAAUGUUCUGUGGGAGCUUGUGUAUGGGAGUGAUGCCACGGUGAUUGUUUCGAACCAUUACAAGGUGCAGCAAGGCAAGCUUGUGCCACGGCUUGGGGUACGAUGGGAGAUGAUGGCCAGCUACAGGGUGAUGUUCAGGCAUACAAAAGGCAAUACUGUAUCAUCAGUACACACAAACGAGUUGUUUGAGCAGUAG